AUGAGUGAUAACUUAAAGGAUCCCAACCGCCGUGUGUCCAUCAUUCCUUGGGAUGGCCGGUCUACAUCACCUUUGAGAGACAGCAACGAUGCUAACUUCCUCUCCUCCUUCAAGCACGGAUUCCCAUUGGCCGACGCGAGCAACUGGGGAAUGUGCAUACUCGAUUCAUCAGUGUUGGCAUGUUCAUUCUUGAGGGACCGCCCGCUUGAAGAAUGCCCGCCUGCCAGGAGCAUUCGAGCCGAAAGAAUCAAAUACGGUCCAGAUCCUGGAUUUGUCACUUGA